CGCCGCCGCCGCUACCGCCGCGGAUUCCUUCGAGCGGGGCCCAGGCCCAGCCGCCGCCACCGCUGCCGCCGCCGCCGUCUCGGAGCUCCGCCGCCGCCGAGCACCAUGGGAGACGCCGGGAGCGAGCGCAGCAAAGCGCCCAGCCUGCCGCCUCGCUGUCCCUGCGGCUUCUGGGGGUCCAGCAAGACUAUGAAUCUCUGUUCCAAAUGCUUUGCUGAUUUUCAAAAGAAACAACCAGACGAUGAUUCCGCUCCAAGUACAAGUAACAGCCAAUCAGAUUUGUUUUCUGAAGAGACCACCAGUGACAACAGUAAUACCUCGAUAACCAUGCCAACUCUUAGUCCGAACCAGCAGUCGCUUCCGACAGAACUGAAUGUAACUUCAUCAAGCAAAGAGGAAUGUGGGCCAUGCACAGAUACAGCUCAUGUCUCGUUAAUCACACCAACCAAAAGAUCCUGUGCUACAGAUUCACAGUCUGAGAAUGAAGCUUCACCCGUGAAACGGCCACGACUACUGGAGAGUGCUGAGCAGCCUGAGGAAACCAGCCGAUCAAAACAGAAGAGUCGGCGUCGAUGCUUCCAGUGCCAAACCAAGCUGGAGCUGGUGCAGCAGGAAUUGGGAUCCUGUCGCUGUGGUUACGUGUUCUGUAUGUUACACCGCCUCCCUGAGCAGCACGAUUGUACGUUCGACCACAUGGGCCGCGGCCGUGAGGAAGCCAUCAUGAAAAUGGUGAAACUGGACCGGAAAGUGGGGCGCUCCUGCCAGCGCAUCGGGGAGGGGUGCUCCUGAAGGCCGGGCAUGGCCACCACACGACGCUGUUCUUAGUUCACUAAUGUUAGCCUUAUUUAGGACAAAGUCAGCCAGACACCUUGUACUGGGCACGCGUCAGACUACAGCCAGCCGUUCCCUUUCUUUAGCCAGCCAUCCUGGUACUGUAGUUUAGGGGUUGAUGGUGGUUGAAAUUGAUUUCUGGCUGGUUACUAAGGUGCCUGCUAGCCAUUGUAUAAAAUUAAAACAUGAAGAAUAUUUUUUUUGAGCAUGGCUAGUGGAUUCAAAACAACACACCUGUCACUGCUGGAGUCAGACUUAAAAAGCCUUAAGCGGAAAGUGUUGCUGAGGAGCAGGCGCCGGCCCCACAGCCCUCGCUGGGCGGUGUCGCCACAGCUGCUCCGUGUUCGCCUUUCACCUCUUCACUUUUGCUUGGUCCCAGCAGGACCUGAUGGCCACGCGUGCCUUGGCCACGGGAGGCUGCUGAGACUGGCCACACGGCUGGGCUGGGUGGUGCCUCGCUCUCCCACAGAGCUGGGAAUGGGGGGUGGGGGGCGGAUUCUUAGGGAAGUUUUUUACCUGACUUGUUUUGGGAAAACUCAUCACACAGGAAAAGAAGCAACCUCACUUUGAAAGUUAGCUCCACUGAAGACUAGUCCACGCAUGAGCCCCACCUUUUCUACCCAGGAUCCAAGGCCAUGACCCACUGGCUCCGGCUGCAUUGCACCAGGGGCCAGGGUCUGGCUCCGGGCUGGGGCCUGCACACGGGCCUCUGCAGCCAGAUUUCUAUAUUGGGAGGGUUUUUUGUUGUGGUUUUUUGUUGUGGUUUUUUUUAAAGACACUUUGUGGCCACCCGGCAUCUAUGUGCUGGGGAACACCUAGGGAAGCUGCUGGGCUGGAGCCUGCUUGUCUUUUUGGGGGCCAGGAGGAUGAUAUGUGUGUGGCCUCCACUCAUUUCUAUGCAGCCCAUAGUCUGAGGACAACCAGUCUGCUUCUUCCACAGGGCAGGUUUAGGAAGAGCAAGCUGCACAGGACCCUGGUGUGGCUCUCUCCAGCCAUGGCUGGUGGCGGUUGUGGCACGGGGUGGGAGGCCUCGCUCAGCCUGGGCCUUCUCUGGUGCAGAGGCACACAGCAGCUCAGGCCAGGUGGGGCCUGUGUGGGGGCUGCUUAGAAGCCCAUUAGCAGUCAGGUGGGCGGGGCUGGGAAGACAUUGGGAUUCCUUAGAAGCCUGGAUCGGUGAGUGGGCCCCGGCUGUCUGGUCCAGGCCUGUGAACUGGUGUGGGCUGCCCACGCUUGGCUGCCGAUGGAUGGUUUAACCCAGCAACUUUCUUUUGUAUGAGACAACAAAGUUCAACUCUGCAGAUUAACAGUGGGACAUCUGCAAAUUCAAAUGUCUUUUGAUGCAAAAUAAUUACUAGGAAAUCAUGUUCUCCCCACUCCUGCACCCGCCCCUGCAUCCACCAGAUGGACUCUGCUGCAGAAUCUCCAGCCUUAACUCUUGCUUCAGGACCCAGACCAGCGCCUCGCUCUAGGGCAGCCCAGGGCACAGGGGCCAGGUCUGCCCGGCGUUUACCACUGUUGUCAAGCCACAGCCCACUGGCCACCACAUGGCCAUCCUCAGUGAGCACCCGCAGAGCUCUGAUUCCGGAAGAGGCCACAGGUGCCCUUCUCAGCCCCCCACCCAGACCCCAGCAGCUGCUGCCUUCUGCAGCACUGGGAGAGGGCGCUGCAGACCGCACACCCAGGGAUCAAGGUCAAGUUCACUUCCUGCCGGGAGAGCUGGGUGGGGGAGGAAGGGCUUGUUCCCCUGCAGUAUCUGUUCUGUGAAGUUUGUUAAAUGUAAGGGAAGCUUAAAUUCUUGUAUCUUUAAAGAGAAAAUCUUAUUUAACCCUUUUGUGUUCUAGAUUGACUUACAUAGCUUAGAGCUCAGUUUUAGUUUUAACAUUGUGAAGAUAUUAAAAGAAUCUUGUAACUUUAUUCUUUUUUCUCCUGCUGAAAAAAAAAAUUAAACCAAUCGUAUGAACAUUU